CCACAUCUGCCCCCAGCCCCCUGUGGGGCCCCGGGGCCCCCCGAAACCUCCAGGACGGAGCCAGAAGGCGCGGGCACCAUGAAUAAGUUACGACAGAGCCUGCGGCGGCGGAAACCAGCCUACGUGCCCGAGGCGUCGCGCCCCCACCAGUGGCAAGCAGACGAGGACGCGGUGCGCAAGGGCACGUGCAGCUUCCCGGUCAGGUACCUGGGCCAUGUGGAGGUGGAAGAGUCCCGGGGGAUGCAUGUGUGUGAAGAUGCCGUGAAGAAGCUGAAGGCGAUGGGCCGGAAGUCCGUGAAGUCUGUCCUUUGGGUGUCAGCCGACGGGCUCCGAGUGGUGGACGACAAGACCAAGGACCUGCUGGUAGACCAGACCAUUGAAAAGGUCUCCUUUUGUGCCCCUGACCGCAACCUGGACAAGGCUUUCUCCUACAUCUGCCGGGAUGGGACCACCCGCCGCUGGAUCUGCCACUGUUUCCUGGCGCUCAAGGACUCUGGCGAGAGGCUGAGCCACGCCGUGGGCUGUGCCUUUGCAGCCUGCCUAGAGCGGAAGCAGCGGCGGGAGAAGGAAUGCGGGGUCACGGCCGCCUUCGACGCCAGCCGCACCAGCUUUGCCCGCGAGGGCUCCUUCCGCCUCUCAGGCGGCGGGCGGCCCAAUGAGCGAGAAGCCCCCGAGAAAAAGAAAGCAGAGGCAGCAGCUGCCCCAACUGCGGCGCCCGGCCCUGCCCAGCCUGGGCACGUGUCCCCGACCCCGGCCACCACAUCCCCCGGUGAGAAGGGUGAGGCGGGCACCCCAGUGGCUGCAGGCACCAGUGCGGCCGCCAUCCCCCGACGCCACGCCCCCCUGGAACAGCUGGUUCGCCAGGGCUCCUUCCGUGGGUUCCCGGCACUCAGCCAGAAGAACUCACCUUUCAAACGGCAGCUGAGCCUACGGCUGAAUGAGCUGCCAUCCACACUGCAGCGCCGCACUGACUUCCAGGUGAAGGGCACAGUGCCCGAGAUGGAGCCUCCCGGUGCCAGUGACAGUGACAGCAUCAAUGCUCUGUGCACACAGAUCAGCUCGUCCUUCGCCAGCACCGGAGCCCCAGCACCCGGGCCACCACCGGCCUCAGCAGGAACUUCCGCCUGGGGUGAGUCCUCCGUGCCCCCUGCAGCGGCCUUCCAGCCCGGGCACAAGCGGACCCCUUCGGAGGCCGAGAGGUGGCUAGAGGAGGUGUCCCAGGUGGCCAAGGCACAGCAGCAGCAAGCGGCCUCCGUGCCCCCCGUGGCCCCUGCCCUGCAGCCCUUCCCUGCCCCCAUGGGGCCCUUCGAUGGCGCACCCACCCAGGUGGCCGUGUUCCUGCCGCCCCCACACAUGCAGCCCCCUUUUGUGCCCGCUUACCCGGGCUUGGGCUACCCGCCCAUGCCCCGGGUGCCCGUGGUGGGCAUCACACCUUCACAGAUGGUGGCCAACGCCUUCUGCUCAGCCGCCCAGCUCCAGCCCCAGCCUGCCACCCUGCUCGGGAAAGCUGGAGCCUUCCCGCCCCCAGCCAUGCCCACUGCCCCUGGGGGCCAGGCCCGCCCACGCCCCAAUGGGGCACCCUGGCCCCCGGAGCCGGCCCCUGCCCCGGCCCCUGAGUUGGACCCCUUUGAGGCCCAGUGGGCAGCAUUAGAAGGCAAACCGGCUGUAGAGAAGCCUUCCAACCCCUUCUCGGGCGACCUGCAGAAGACCUUCGAGAUUGAACUGUAGCCCAUGCCACCCUGCCCGCCCCAGCAUCUCCGGGUGCCCCACACCUGGGCGUGGAGGCCCAACCUCUCCCUAGUCCCGCUCCCUGGGGCUGCGCCCCCCCCAACACCCCCUCUAGCCCCUUCUCUUGAUCACCCCCCACAACCACUACAGAACCGACAUUGUACGCCCAGAUUGCGACAGGAUGGAAUUCAGGGAUGGACCCGGCCUGGCUAAGGGACCCAUUUCACUGCCAGACUUAAGCUGGCAAUGCCCUUCCCCCACCCCUCCACUCCCACCCCAGACACAAUGGGAUGGCCACAGUCCCACUGAGUGCCCUCAGUUCAAGUGACAUGUCCCAGUUUCUCUUGACCUUCCACCUUCCAGUGUUGGGUGGGAUGGAAAAGGGAUGCCCACUUUGGGGCUCUUCUGGGCCCCACACGAGGGCCCACCCCAAGUCUGGUCAUCCCCUCCCAUACACAGCACAAGCAAAGGGCUUCCCUCUGCCCACCUGCUGCAUUCACUGCCAAUGCUGUGCUCACCCCUAUCACCCCUCUCCCCCACUGGGGGGGCCCACAUCUUCCUUG